CCCCAAAACUUCGAAGUAACGUUCCCUCUCGCGCAACAUAUUCCUCUCGAUCAUGCAAACCUCCUCGGCAUUUCAUCGAGCAUGUCUCGCGCGAAGCUCCUACUCCUCCUCCUCGUCUCCUCCUUCUCGAUCCUCGAAUCGAAGCUUGUUCCGACGACUCUCGAUGGGCCGUUUGCCCCGGUGACUCGCCGCUUCGAUCCCUCCCUCCGCCUUGGUAGCGAUGAUGUCCCGAUGGAUGACCCUCGCCUCGCUAAACGCGUCACCUCCAUACAUCCUGAGCAAAUCGCUCUUGCUGCCUCCUUUUCCCCUUCCUCCAUGUGGAUCUCAUGGAUCACUGGGGAUGCUCAGAUUGGGGCUGAUGUGACUCCGCUCGAUCCGGCUUCGAUCAGGAGUGAGGUGUGGUAUGGGGAAGAGAGUGGCAAGUAUGAGUUCAUGCAGAGAGGGAAUUCUCUGGUUUAUAGUCAGUUGUACCCAUUCAAAGGGCUUUUGAACUACACUUCCGCCAUUAUUCAUCAUGUCAAGCUUGAUGGUCUUAAACCUGGGAAAAGAUAUUACUACAAGUGUGGAGAUAGUGUCUUGAAGGCCAUGAGUGAAGAACAUACAUUCAUGACACUACCCUCAUCUGGGCCUGAUUUGUAUCCUCGAAGAAUUGGGGUGGUCGGGGAUUUAGGUUUGACAAGCAACUCGACAACUACCAUUGAUCAUCUUGCUAUGAAUGAUCCCUCUAUUAUUUUGAUGGUUGGGGACCUGACUUAUGCAAAUCAGUACUUGACUACCGGUGGACAAGGUGCUUCUUGUUUUUCUUGUGCAUUCCCUGAUGCACCAAUUAGAGAAACAUACCAGCCACGCUGGGAUGGGUGGGGAAGAUUUAUGGAACCUCUGACUUCGAAGAUUCCUAUGAUGGUUAUUGAAGGGAAUCAUGAGAUUGAGCCACAAAUUGAGGGGAUGACUUUUGCAUCUUAUCUUGCUCGAUUUGCUGUUCCAUCAAAUGAGUCUGGUUCCAAUAGCAAUUUCUACUAUUCAUUCAAUGCCGGUGGAGUGCAUUUCAUCAUGCUCGGCGCUUAUGUUGACUAUAACCAGACAGGUGCUCAAUAUGCUUGGUUAAGGAAAGAUCUUGAGCAGGUAGACCGUAAGGUAAACCCUUGGAUUGUUGCUGCUUGGCAUCCACCUUGGUACAAUAGCUAUUCAUCCCAUUAUCAAGAAUUUGAAUGCAUGAGACAAGAAAUGGAGGAACUUCUAUAUAGCUUUGGUGUUGAUAUAGUCUUCUCUGGUCACGUACAUGCUUAUGAAAGAAUGAACAGAGUAUUCAACUAUACAUUGGAUCCUUGUGGACCAGUGUACAUCACUGUGGGAGAUGGAGGAAACAUCGAAAGGGUGGAUGUCGAGCAUGCAGAUGACCCCGGAAAGUGCCCUUCUCAAGGUGACAAUAAGCCAGAGUUUGGGGGUCUCUGCCACUUGAACUUUACUUCUGGCCCGGCAAAGGGCAGGUUUUGCUGGGAACAACAACCUGAGUGGAGUGCAUAUAGAGAGAGUAGUUUUGGACAUGGAAUUCUAGAGGUUAUGAAUUCGACGUAUGCCUUGUGGACUUGGCAUCGAAAUCAAGAUAUUUAUGGAGAGAACAGCGAAGGAGAUCAAAUAUACAUAGUUCGGCGACCUGAGUUGUGCUUAGCUAAGGGCGUGGUUAGCUCAGAAGUGCUUCACCAAAGUCAUGGGAGUUUGCAAGUGCCACUUUUGUGGAAGUGUAAAUUCUAUCUGGAAGUCAUGCUUCUCUGUGUUUGGUUGCUUGUGAAAGCGCCGGGAUUAUGGAUGUAAAGAUCCUGAAGUGAGAGCUCUACA